ACCGAGUCGUGAAGGAAGGGACACAGACACAGACACAGCUACAAGAGACUACUUCUGAGCAUUCUUCUCCUUCAAGCUUUGCUAUCCUUCCCAAACCACAGGAACCGGAGUCAGACCUUCUGACAGCGUGCCAGAGAGCCAACACGAACAAGGACAGGAAGUGACAUCAAUGGAGCAGAACGACAAGGGCACAUUGGAAACUGAGAAACAGCAAAUGAACGGUCAAACAGAAGAAGCAACCCAAAAGACUAGCACACCUGAAGAGCCGGCUAAUGUAAUUGAGAAGAAUUCAGAUAAAGAGGAUCAAGAAAUGAGUGAGAACAAUGCAGAAAAGAAUGAAGAAGAAAUAAGUGUGAAUAAUGGAGAGCAGAAUGAAGAGGAAGAAGAGGAUGAAUUGGCUGAUGGUUUCCAGUCUUCGGUCGAGAUGUCAAUCCGGCAGUUUGAGAAGGAUGAAAACAACCGCCCUAUUAGCAGGUACAACACUGUCAGCUACAGGAAGAUUAAGAGAGGAAACACAAAGCAGAGAAUAGAUGAGUUUGAGUCCAUGCUGGAUGUAUAACAGUGAUGAAUGUUAUCAGAGAUCAGAGACACAUACUGUACGUAAGAACUGAGUGGCGUCAUCAUGUAUGUUUUCAUGUGGAUCCUUCAAAAGUAUGUGGUUGUUAAACUUCUUCAUAGGUAAAAGGCAUGAACAGUAUUUUGUCACAGCUUAAUUUCAGCCUAUAUCACAUUUGAGUAGAAAUCAGUAGUUGUAGAAAUCACAUUUUGUAGAAAUCUUUAAAACAUUCAGAAAACUGGUUUUAAAUAACCCAUCAUCUGGCAGCGAGCCGUGAAAACAAUAUGUAUUUGUCUACAAAUAAGAUUUUUCAUUCAUGAAUGCUCCUUCAAAUAUCACGCAGUCAUGCAGUCUGAUCUCUGCUUGCCAAAUCAGCAUUAAUGAAUUACUGGAAGAACUUACAGUUACAGUAAGCACACAGUAUGAAGGGCAUUAUUGUAUUCCUGUUCAAAAAUGUUAUUCUAAUUAAAAGCUAGCAGCUUUCUAAUGUUGAUUAUGAUUAUGGUUUCAUAGCUUUGUAAAACAUGCUCACAAGUUUUAAAAUACAACAAUAGACAUAAUAGUCGGCAAUUUAUCAUUUCCAUUUUCAGAUUUGUAUAUGGAAUACAUGCAUAUAUGCAUACUGUGAUUAUAUCUAAGGUUAUAUUUAAGGUUUAAAAAUAAACAACAGUAGACAUUUAGUUAGAUUUAUGUAGGCUACUAUAUUGUAGAUUUUAGUAGUCCUAUUUUCAGUUAGCUUUUAUUUUUCUUCUUAUUUUUGGUCUUUGUUUUAAAUUUGGCAUGAGUUUUAGUCAUUUUAUAAUGUGCUUUUGUCAUUUUUAUUACUUUUAGUUGAAUGAAAAUUUUACUGUUUACUUGUAUAUCAUUGCUCUUUUGAUGAUUUUGAUUGCUUCCAAUUGUCUUCAUUUGGAUAAAAGCGUCUGCUAAAUGAUUAAAUGUUAAUGUUAAUAUCUUUUGACAAUUAGUCGUUUUCAUUGUUU